GCCAUAAGACUGCGAAAGGAUACAGGAAAACUUUCAUGACACCAGCCAGUAUUUGAAUUUCUUAUAGUAACCUGGUCCUUUCCGAGUGAGAUAAACUUCAAAUAUUUCCGAGAGAACAUUUAGCUAGUUUACUGAUUUGUGGACAGAAUUUUUACUGGUGACAACCACGAAGCUUAUGUUAAGUAAGCGAAGGCAGCGUUCGUUACUAGCUUGCUAGCUGGCGAGGUACAUGAACAAGUUUCUCUGACUUUUAUCAUCAAGUGACAGGUACAAUCCUAGCUACACUGUCGGCAAUUUAAAGGUGGUUAUAACAGCAGUAAAGUGAAUUUAUACAAACAGUAAGAAACAGCGCAAAGCAAUGACGGGUCGAGAGGAGGAGUACGAUUAUCUUUUCAAAGUGGUACUGAUUGGUGACUCAGGUGUGGGGAAGAGUAACCUUCUCUCCCGUUUCACCCGCAACGAGUUCAACCUGGAGAGCAAGAGCACCAUCGGCGUGGAGUUCGCCACCCGCAGCAUUCAGGUGGACGGCAAGACCAUCAAAGCUCAGAUCUGGGACACGGCAGGCCAGGAGAGAUACCGCGCCAUCACCUCGGCGUAUUACAGGGGUGCAGUGGGUGCGUUGCUUGUGUAUGACAUUGCCAAGCACCUGACGUACGAGAACGCGGAGCGCUGGCUUAAGGAGCUGCAGGACCAUGCCGACAGUAACAUUGUCAUCAUGUUGGUGGGCAACAAAAGUGAUCUGCGUCACCUGAGGGCGGUGCCCACCGACGAGGCGAAGGCAUUUGCGGAGAAGCAUGGAUUAUCUUUUCUGGAGACAUCUGCGCUGGAUUCUUCUAACGUGGAGCUGGCGUUUCAGACGAUACUCACAGCUAUCUAUCGCAUUGUGUCUCAGAGGCAGAUGUCCGGGCGCAGCGAUGCAGACUUCUCACCAAACUCUAACGUGGUACCCAUCACUGUGCAGCCGACACAGAGUAGCUCUAAGCAGGGUGCUUGCUGCCAAAGCAACUGAAUUGUCUGGGGCCGCUUGGUUAUUCUGGGUGAAAGGUGUACCUCCAGACAGACGGCAGGGUGGGCUGCAGUAUGGACUACUUGUGUGUCAGCCUAUGUUCUGUUUGUGGUGUGUUCUCUAUGCAGUCUAUCAUUGUCAAAUGCAAUAAGCAUUUUUGUACAAAACCCAGAAUUUGUGAGUAAUAAGCUUUAAAACUAUGAAAAGGAAUGGUGAAGGGUAGAGUGUGUCAGUGCUUUUUCUCAGGACUGAUGCAUCAAGCCUGUUUUCACACUGAUUGGAUAUUUUAAGUUUGUUUGUUUUAUGCACAGUCUGCUCUGUCUCUAAUCUUCUUUUCUCGUCACUUUUAUCACUGUUUUUCUCCACAUUAGACUCACACAGAAAAUUAGAUUCGAGUAAGCCUAGAUGUAUUUCUUUCAGGUUUUACCAUGUACUUUUCAUUUACAUGGCUUACAGGGUAAACAGAGAGCUACAAACAAAAUGUAUAUUGCAAUUAAUAGACGAAACCAGUAAGCGAUUAGAUGGUGUUAUGUUAACUACCAACUGUAUAGCUACAGAUGGGGGGAGAAUGAAUUAGUUAAAGAUCAGCACAUUCUUUCCACGCUAUCUGUACUUUUUGACUUUCUCUUGUGUUGAACAGAGCAUAGAUGUUUUAUUAGCCUUUGAAUCUUUGCUCAAGGGAUAUGUUUGCCCUGACAAGUUCAUCACACUGUACCCUCUCUCUAAAACCUAGAGUUACUCAAGGAGUUUCAUAAAUAUCCUAACUGUAUUUAUUUUUAAACUUUAUUUUGAUGUUGUGGUUCUGGGGUUGUAAUUUGACUAGAGGGAUAGUACAACAUUGAUUUAUUUGAGCAUAUGUUUGAUUUCUUUCGUUGUUUCACUGGGUAAAGCUGCUUGUAUUAAGGGACUCUUUUUCUAUGGCUUUUUUUUUUUUUAAAUUAAAUUAUCAUCAGUGUACACUAGAUACAACUUCACCUUCAGAAAUGAUUCUUUUGAUUUGGUUAAUGCAGAACAAAGACACUUAAGUAUUUCACUGAAUAUUUUAUAAGUUACUUUGAGAAUGUUGCGUAGAAUGGAAGCCCAUGCUGGCAAACAAUAUUUUAAGGUUUACACCCUCUGAACUCUCAUGAUGAUGUUCCAUUUGAAUGUCCUUUUUCUACACACUACUAUUCUUAAAAUAAAAUCGUCCUAUCACUGGCACAUUAAGAUAUUGACACUUCAGUUUGAAAAAUGACUCGCAUUGUCUCUUCGAGAUGGAGUGGUCUCUCCUAUGCAGUCUUCUGGGUAAAUGUUUAAGCCAUUUUAACCUUUUUGUGGUUGGUAACAUGAAAGGCAGAGAAACAGUGAGCUGGGACGCAGGCUUAUAUGAGUGAAGCCUUCUCAACUGGAUGGACGUAUUAUGUUGCAGGGUUGAGCAAUACAGGCACUCAUUGCCUGCUCACUGAGGAUGUCUGAUCUACUGGAGAAGGUUGACUUACUGUAAAUGAAAUCCUUAUUGCCAUUUCCUAUUAUCUCCUGUAUGUAACUUGAAGAGUACCAUGCCUUUUGGGACCCCUCGGAAUUUUUGUCCCAGCUCUUUCUCUCCGUUUCUUUGUGCUCUGGAUUGAGUUCUGACUUUUUGUUUUUUUCUACAUGGUAUGGUUUAAGGGGUUUGGUGGACCGCUCUUAGAGAGGUCCACCUUUACUGGAAGGACAAAUCUGAAAUUUGGUGCGAAGCCAUUGAAGCAAGGUCAUUUUUAACUCCAUACCGAAAGGGAUAAUUCUGUUCGAGGCAAAGGAAAGGGUGUCGGGAGCUGAACUGAUUUGGCUAAAAAAAAAACGACCUUAAAAAAAACAACUCUACACUUGAAAAGAUAUUCAAAGAAAUGAUCAUGAAAUCGUGAAUGGGAGAUGGCUGAUCUAAAAUGUAUGUCAACUGCGUAGUGAGGAUCAAGUCAGUCGAUAGUCACAUCAUUGAUUUGUUUUGACUUUGAAUGAUAGAACUAGGUACCUUUCACUCACAGAAUGACUAGUUUUACUCAAGGGCACUAGUGGCAUCCUUCUAAUGGUAUGGAUUGGGAGAGGUUUU